GUGAGUCACGUGUGUAGAAUAUCCCUUCUGAGAACAGUAGAACACAAACCCUAAACCCUAUUGUCAUUCUCAGCUCACUCCUCACUCUCAGGCUUUCAGCGGGAGAACGGCGCUCUCCUCCAUACUCCACUCCUUGUCUCCGCCUCCUCGAGCUCCGUCGCCAGUGCCACUCACCAGCACGCCGUCUGCGCCUCUAGCACCAUCGUCGCCCCAGCAGCCCAGCACGCGUCUGCUCUUCCUCCGACAACGUCUGCUCCUCCGUUUUCCCUCCAGCCCCUCCUACGUGCGUCAGGAAAUCAAAAGAUUUUUUUUAAUACUAAAUAAAGAAAAACCAAUAGUUUUCAGUUUUGGUGGAUAAGAAGAGGCUUCAUCAAUGGGUAAGAGGAAGGAAAGGAUUCACAAUCCGGAGCCGUUUGUCCCUGAUGGCACUGAGUCUGUGAAGUCGAAAAAGCGAACGAAAGCUCCCAAACAGCACCAGAAGGAAGCCAAGUUGAUUGCUUCGAACAUCACCUCAAAGAUCAUGAAGGAAGCUUUGAUUCAGCAGAAGGAGGUUGAUGAGGAGGAGGAGGAGGAGCAGAAUGCCAAGAGUUCGUUCCAUAGAAUUGAAGAUCCACCCGUGGUCAUUGAAGAUGAGGAUGGCGAUAUCGAUAACUUUGAAGGAUUUGAUGAGACGCAGAGCCACUUUGCUGGAUAUGAAGAGAAUAUUAAUGAGGAGGACGAGAGAAUAAUAGAUACUUUCUUGUCAAAGCAGCCGGGUCAGCAGAAAACACUUGCGGAUCUCAUUGUUGAAAGGAUAAAAGAAAAGGAUGGUUCUGUUGCUUUGGAAAAUCAAUCGGUAACUAAAUUGGACCAGUCCGUAAUUGACUUAUACAAGGGAGUGGGGACAAUACUUAGCACAUAUACGUCUGGAAAAAUACCCAAGGCAAUCAAACCCAUCCCUUCCAUGCCACAAUGGGAGGAGAUAUUGUAUCUGACCGAACCUGAGAAUUGGUCACCACAUGCUUUCUAUCAAGUAACUAGGAUUUUUGCUUCUAAUUUAAAUGCGAAAAAGGCAGAACGGUUCUACAAACUUGUCUUGCUGCCAAGAGUGAGAGAAGAUAUAAGGAAAAAUAGAAAGCUGCAUGAAAGUGUAUAUCAUACUCUCAAAAAGGCAUUUUACAAACCUGGUGCAUUCUUUAAGGGAAUUUUGUUACCACUGUGUGAGUCUUGCACAUGCACGGUUAGGGAAGCAGUCAUUAUUGGAAGUGUCAUGGAAAAGGUUUCUAUUCCUUCAUUCCAUUCUAGUGCUGUGCUAUUGAGGCUGCUAAGGAUGGAAUAUUGUGGCACCACAAGCUAUUUCAUAAAGAUUUUAUUGGAGAAGAAAUAUGCCUUGCCAUAUCGGGUUGUUGAUGCAGCAGUGGCUCACUUUAUGAGAUUUCUUGACGACAUUAGAAUAAUGCCUGUUAUAUGGCACCAGUCACUUCUUGCAUUUGUGCAGAGGUACAAAAAUGAGCUGCUAAAGGAAGACAAGGAUAACUUAAGGAUUCUACUUGAAAAGCAAAAGCACAGAUUAAUUACACCUGAAAUUAUUAGAGAGCUGAACCACAGCCGAAACCGAGGUGAAAAGGAG